UCGUAUUCGGACAGCCAUAAUUUCGUCUAUUUAUUUCAGUUAAAUAGUAUUUUUGGAACCUAGCUAAAACUUUCAGCUUCAGAGAUGUUUAUAUACUAUACCGGAUCUCUGAAGUGAAAUUCAGUUAUAAUUGUGGUGAAAAGAAACUGAAAACAAAAAUUUAAACAUGAUAUUAAUGAAGAGUUACUGUACAGUGCUUUAGGGUAGCCUGUUUGCACCUAUUUUCGCGGUACUAAGGAAAUAAAUGAAUAAAGGAAAGAAAAACAAUAUUAUGUUGCUAUUAUUUCCUAUUAACUUCGUAAACCUUUUCUUUUCCACUAUUAUUUCAAGCAGAAAAUCAUUUUUCUAGUCCUUGUUUACUUUUAAACCGAUCAUGUUUCCGGUGCAUGUGACUUUCACUUUCGCCAAGGGAGUUAAUUCUAAUUUCGCGGUACGACAUCCGACUUGAUAAAGCGCUUCCUGUGAAAGUGUAAAAUGUAUAGGAGGACCCCUAAAUUUUCAAAAUAGAUUCCGUGAGUAAGACAUUAAAAUUAUUGCAAUGUAAAAUUAACACAAUGGAAGGAUAAUUCCGUCAAAUAUACGGACAACACACGAUUCAUUACCGAUUUUACUUAGUCAAAUGAUCGACGAGGGCAUUUAAAAAUAAUUGAUCUACGUUUACAAAAAUAGGGUGUGCAACAUAAUCAGCUUUCAAAGUAGGUCAAAUUUGUUUACUGUAGAGAGCGCUGCACAUUGUUCUUCUCACAAAAACCAAAUACCGCGAGACCAGAUGUAACGCGAAAAUAGCAGCAAGUGGUAUAUAGCAGAUUUUAGGGUAUUCUCGGCUUCGCACAUCCGGGUACUUCGGUCGCUAAGAGUUACGCGCCCCUUGACGACUGGGUUAAACAAACGCCAUUUUCUGUAUAAGUUACAGUUAAGAUCGAAAGAUAUCGGAAGUUUUUUUCAGUAUAUAAUUAUUAUUGGACUGUUUUGAGGUAAUUAAGAUGCCAAAUCAUUGUUGCGCCGUUGGUUGUAGUAACCAUGGGAGAAUGCUGAAGAAAUUAUCAUUUUUCACUUUUCCAAAAGACGAUGAACGGAGAGAAAAAUGGAUCAGUGCUGUGAAAAGAGUAAAUCCAGAUGGUACAAAAUGGCAACCUAACAAAUACACAGUAUUAUGCAGCGACCAUUUCAUUCAAGGAAAACCCAACAGAGACCCUGCACAUCCGGAUUUUGUCCCUUCAUUGUUCGAGUAUGUAAAGACGACACCGAAAGAGACCAAGUCGAAAUUGAAAAGAUUUGCUAGUGCAGUAAAACGUAAAAUAGCUUUCAGCACUCCCAUUCCUGCAAUACGUCAGCGGAAAGUAUUAUCCCCUUUGGUUGAGAAUGUAGAGAAAGUAUACAUUGCAACACCUCUGAAUCAAAAGACUGGCUACAAUAGAGACAUGAAUAAUACCGAACGCUACCAGUAUGAUUCUGAAAUCAACAGUAUUAGAACAGAAAAAAAACAAUAUAAAAUCUGAAAAUGAUCAUCUGAAAGAGCAAGUUAAAAGUGCUAACUUAAGUUAUAAAAUUGUAGUCAAUGACGAUGACAAGUGUAAAUUUUACACUGGAUUGUCGUGGGAAACAUUUUUAGUACUAUUUCAGUUUUUGGUCAAUUUUGUGAAGCCAGCACCAAUUAACAGAAAGGUGGUUUUAGAGGAUUUUAGAAGGCACGUGCAAAAUGUUAUUCGAAUUACAAGAAACACAGCACAGUGAAAGUGUUUAUUUCAUGUACUCCAAACGGUGUAAUUUCUUUC